CGCGGCCCCCCUGAGGUGCCCGUUCCCACCCUUUUCCAGGGGCCGGAGAGUCGGGAAGAGCACCAUCGUGAAGCAGAUGAAGAUCAUCCACCAGGACGGGUACACGGAGGAGGAGUGCAUGGAGUUCAAGGCCAUCAUCUACGGCAACAUCCUGCAGUCCAUCCUGGCCAUCGUGCGCGCCAUGUCCACGCUGGGCAUCGACUACGCCGAGUCCUCCUGCGCGUUACCUGAACCAGCUGGACAGGAUCACAGCCCCCAACUACCUCCCCAACGAGCAGGACGUGCUGCGCUCCCGGGUCAAGACCACGGGCAUCAUCGAGACCAAGUUCUCCGUCAAGGACCUCAACUUCAGGAUGUUCGACGUGGGGGGGCAGCGCUCGGAGCGCAAGAAGUGGAUCCACUGCUUCGAGGGCGUCACCUGCAUCAUCUUCUGCGGGGCCCUGAGCGCCUACGACAUGGUGCUGGUGGAGGACGACGAAGUGAACCGGAUGCACGAGUCCCUGCACCUCUUCAACAGUAUAUGCAACCACAAGUUCUUCGCAGCCACCUCCAUCAUCCUCUUCCUCAACAAGAAGGACCUUUUCGAGGAGAAGAUCAAGAAGGUCCAUCUCAGCAUCUGCUUCCCGGAGUACGACGGCCCCAACACCUUCGAGGACGCCGGGAAUUACAUCAAGACCCAGUUCCUGGACCUGAACAUGAGGAAGGACGUGAAGGAGAUCUACAGCCACAUGACCUGUGCCACAGACACCCAGAACGUCAAGUUCGUCUUCGAUGCCGUCACGGACGUGAUCAUCAAAGAGAACCUCAAGGACUGCGGCCUCUUCUGAGCCCGGGAAGGAAACAUUCCCGUCUCUCCGUUCUGCUGAGCAGAGCCAAAGGAAGAACCACCCCCUCCACACGUCACCGCUCCCACUUUUUCUAUGACCGCCCCAAAUCCGCCUCUUUUCACCCCAAACUAGGAAGGGGCUGAACUCAACGUCCUGCUCCCUUUCGUGGCCAUUUCCUCUUUUUUUUUUUUGUUUUUUUUUUUUCCGAGGAAAACUCCCCGUUCUCAGCAUUCCACGGGAGGUUUGACACCAAGACACAGCCAGGAAUAGGAAUAUUGAGGGAAUUUGGGAGGCAGGGAUGGGAAUUCCUCCCUGGCCAUCCCUCCACAGCCCAUUCCUGCCCUUGGAUCGGGGCUGGAUUCAUCCAAGCUGGAAUUUCUGGGGGAGGAGGAAGCUGAGUUACCUCCGAGUGGCUCCUGGGAACCCACCCCAGCCCUUCCCGGGAAUCGACCCUUUGGCAGGAGAAAUCAGGGAUUCCUGGGGUUCUCUGGGGCCCUGAAUGGUGGGAAUUCCUCGGGCAGGAAGGGCUGGGGGAGGGAACCCCCUACUCCAGCCCGGGAAUGGGAAUGGGCUGGAUAAAGAGGAAAUGGUUGCUUGAAACAUUUUUGUUCUGCUACUUUAGAGCCGCGUUCGCUCUCUCUGUUUGUAAAUAAUCCAUAGGUGAUCCCUGGAAAUCCCUGGAUCCUCCUUUCCCUGCUCCCUGCACAGAUCUCCCCUUCCAGCUUCACUUCGGUAGGAAAACACAAUAAAGGAAUGUGCAUGGCC